AUGUAUCUGGAGCCCUUCGCCGUUAUCACAGUCUCCAUCGCCAUAGUCGCUGCAGCACCUCCUGGACCAAGCAGUUCCGAUGGCGGCAAUUACACCAGGAACGUAUCGAAUGCUAGCCCUGUGAGGGUCGCGACAACGCUGUCUACGUACACGGAUACAGAAUAUUUCGAAACGCUUUUGAGCACGUCACCAUACUUGACCGUGCUGCCCACCACCAUCGUAUGGACUGAGUCGCCCGCUCUUCCAGUCUCUUCCGGUGAUGCCACAGGGUCGAUAUGCAGCUGCCCCUUCACUCCCGCGUCCAGCGCUACUCCUAGCAGCUCGGGUGCCGGCGGUAACAACACGGUGUCCUCCUCGACAUACACUCUCACAUUAUCCUACCAGACCACAAUGGCAUCCUCUCCUUACAAGACCGUGCUUCCUACGACCAUGAUCUGGACUCAGAUGGUGGCGCUUCCGACCGCCGUGUCGAGCACCUCGUCUUCCGGUGUCUGCUCGUGCAGUACUACUCCGUCUUCCAGUGCUCCCAACACCAAUGUCUUGAAUUCCAGCGGUGUCAAUAACAGCAGCGUCUUCAGCACUGGUACUGCAUAUGUUACUACUAGCACAGACGUUUGA